AUGGACAACCGGCCCGCUUCCGAGUACGCACAGCCAGGUUCGCACCACCCAAACACCGUGACCGACGCCCCUUCUGAACAAAAACCCGCAGACCAAAAUUCUGCUGCUGCUGCUCACUACACCCCGCAACCCGAGGUCCGCCCUACGCCGCAAUAUACACCGCAGCCGGAAGUCCGACCCAAUAUUCCGUCGGCCAAUACUCCUCAGUCGGAUUACAGUCUGAACCCUCCGCCGACCGCCCGCUCACCUGCCUACCAGGACUACCUUCACCGUCCUCCCCAGUCCUACGCCCCCAACUCCCAACCCGGUGGUGCGGCAGGUAUGGCUCAAGCAACAAGUCCGUUCAUCAACACCUUGCCUACGGGCCCGCGCAGUCCGCACUCAAAGUCUGACGCGCCCGUUCCUAUAGAUCCUUCGCUUCCGGCCAACAGCCCCACAUACCCUCCUCCCUACUCUCCCUAUCAGCCUCAGGGGCAUGAGAUGGCGCAGUACCAGGGUCACCCUCCUCCGCCUCAGCACAUGUACGCGCGCCCGGAUUGGCCGCAUAGUUAUGGACAACAGCAUCAUGGAUUGCCGGGACCGUAUGCUUCCCCGGCCACAACGGUUGGUUCCACCUUCCCUGUUCCUGCCCUUGCAAGGUCGCGCACUCCAAAGGUCUACUCAUUUGUCCCAAUUCCUGGCGCACAGCAGCACAAGCGUCCUCGUCGUCGCUACGAGGAAAUUGAGCGCAUGUAUAAGUGUGGAUGGAACGGAUGCGAGAAAGCAUAUGGCACACUAAACCAUUUGAAUGCACAUGUGACGAUGCAGUCGCACGGCGCGAAGCGCACUCCGGAGGAAUUCAAGGAAAUCCGCAAGGAAUGGAAGGCUCGCAAGAAGGAGGAAGAGGCUCAGCGCAAGGCUAUCGAGGAGCGUGAGCGUGCUGCCGCUCAGGCUGCCCAGGCCAACCAGGUCGAACCUCCCAACCCCUCUGACCCAUCCCACGGACAGCCGCCGGCUUAUGCCGGUGGAGUCCGCCCGCAACUCCCUCCGAUCGGAUACCAACCCGCGGAUAGCCAAGUUCCUAGCCAGUACGGUGGUCCUCCUGGUAGUGGCAUGGUCUAUCAGAACAAUGCACAGAUGGCCUACCCUCCCAACUAUCCUCACUCUCCCUACCAGAGCGGACCGGUGUACCCGCAACGUGAGUAA